GGGAAGGAUGAAUCCCGCAGCUUCUUACACUGGAGAGCUGCGAUUUGUGAGUGGAACAUGAUGAAACCUCCCCCUGGACAAAUCACAUGGAGCCCGUCAACCUCACCAGGUGGGAUUAGUUGUAGCUAAUAGACUGAGCAAACAGAGUCUUGUGCUCAGUUUAAAGAAAAAGAGGAGCCACUGUGGAGGCUUUUUCAAGAAUGCUCUUUAGCAUGGCUAAGAAAAACCGUUUCCAGUUACAUCAGGUGGUUUCCCUGUUCACUUUUGCUAUUGGUGUAAACGUCUGCAUUGGAUUUACAGCUAACCGUUUUCGAAGAUCUGGCGAAGUGGGGGAAGAGGUCCCAUUGUCAGCUGUACCCCCAGUCUUAUCGGAUUCCCCCUCGAUCAGUACUUCUGGCUCCUGCAAAAACAGAUGCUUUGAACUUGAAGAGGCAGAGUCUCCAGCUUGCCGCUGUGACAACUUGUGCAAGAGCUACACCAGUUGUUGUGCUGACUUUGAUGAACUAUGUUUAAAGACAGCUGGAGGCUGGGAAUGUACAAAAGAGCGUUGUGGAGAGACAAGAAAUGAAGAUAAUGCUUGCCACUGUUCUGAAGACUGCUUAUCCAGAGGAGACUGCUGUACUAACUACCAAGUUGUUUGCAAAGGAGAGACUCAUUGGGUUGUGGAUGAUUGUGAGGAUAUAAGAACUCCAGAAUGCCCAGCAGGUUUUGUUCGCCCUCCAUUGAUAAUCUUCUCCGUGGAUGGUUUCCGUGCAUCAUACAUGAAGAAAGGUGACAAAGUGAUGCGCAACAUAGAAAAAUUAAGGACCUGCGGAACCCAUGCUCCAUAUAUGAGGCCUGUCUAUCCUACAAAAACCUUCCCUAACUUGUAUACUUUGGCAACUGGGCUCUAUCCCGAAUCUCAUGGAAUCAUUGGUAAUUCAAUGUACGACCCUGUAUUUGAUGCUACCUUCAACCUUCGAGGCCGAGAAAAAUUCAACCACAGAUGGUGGGCAGGUCAACCGUUAUGGAUUACUGCUGCUAAGCAAGGAGUGAAAGCUGGAACAUUCUUUUGGUCUAACAUAAUCUCUCACGAGCGCAGAAUAUUAACUAUACUGCAAUGGCUGACUUUGCCAGACAAUGAAAGGCCUUACGCUUAUGCCUUCUAUUCUGAACAACCAGAUCUCGCAGGCCACAGAUACGGUCCCUUUAGCCCUGACGAGAGUAGUUUUGGCUCACCUCUUACUCCAUCUAAAAGACCUAAGAGAAAGAUCACUCCUAAGAGGAGACAGAAAAGACGUGUUGGUUCUUCAAAGAGAAGAAGAAAAGUGCCUAGAGCGGAACAGUACUCUGCGGAAUCCCGUCGGAACAAAAUGUUGAAUCCUCUAAGAGAUAUUGACAAGAUACUGGGACAACUAAUGGAUGGACUGAAGCAAUUGAACCUGCACCGAUGUGUCAACAUUAUCUUCGUUGGUGAUCAUGGGAUGGAAGAUGCCACUUGUGAGAGAACUGAAUAUUUAGCCUCCUAUCUGCCGAAUGUGGAGGACAUAAUUCUGGUACCUGGAACACUAGGACGUAUUCGAGCCAAAGCUAACAGUAACGUCAGAUUCGACCCAAAAGCCAUUGUUGCCAAUCUCACAUGCAAAAGGCCUGAUCAGCACUUUAAGCCCUACUUGAAGCACCAACUCCCCAAACGCCUGCAUUAUGCGAAUAACCGAAGGAUUGAGGAUGUUCAUUUGCUGGUAGAGAGAAGAUGGCAUGUGGCUAAGAAGCCUGGAGAAGCAUAUAAGAGGCCAACAGCAGCAGUAGCAGCAGCACCGACAUUAUCAAAAUGCAUUUUCCAUGGAGACCAUGGAUAUGACAACAAGAUCAAUAGCAUGCAGACUGUCUUUGUAGGUUAUGGACCUUCAUUCAAAUACAAGGCAAAAGUACAGCCGUUUGAGAAUAUAGAGCUUUACAAUGUUAUGUGCGAUCUACUUGGAUUAAAGCCUGCUCCUAAUAAUGGGACCCAUGGAAGCUUAAAUCACCUACUGCGGAGCAGUACGUAUAAGCCAGUCAUGCCGGAAGAAGUUGCAAGGCCGCUCUAUCCUGUAGCUACAGCGGUUUCAUCUGACUAUGAGCUGGGAUGCACAUGUGAUGACAAGAAUAGGCUGGAUGAACUCAAUCGACGUCUCCAUGUCAAAGGAAACGAAGAUAAACACCUCCUUUAUGGCCGUCCCGCUGUUCUUUAUCGUACCAAAUACAGUAUCCUGCAUCACCAUGACUUUGAAAGUGGCUACAGUGAAACGUUCCUGAUGCCUCUUUGGACAUCUUAUACUAUUUCAAAGCAGGCAGAUGUCUCUGGGGUUCCAGAGCCCUUGGUCAAUUGUGUGCGGCCUGAUCUGCGCAUUUCUCCAACCAAUAGUCAAUGCUGUGGAGCCUACAGAGCAGACAGACAGAUGUCUUAUGGAUUCCUUUUCCCUCCACAACUCAGUUCCUCAGCAGAAGCGAAAUAUGAUGCUUUUCUAAUAACAAAUGUUAUUCCGAUGUAUCCUGCCUUCAAAAAGGUGUGGAAUUUCUUCCAACGGGUUUUGGUGAAGAGAUAUGCCAUUGAACGGAAUGGAGUCAAUGUGAUCACUGGACCCAUCUUUGAUUAUGACUAUGAUGGUUUGCAUGACACACCGGACAAAAUAAAAAUCUUUGUGGAAGGAAGUACGAUCCCAGUUCCAACCCACUACUAUGCUAUCAUCACAAGUUGCUUAGAUUUCACUCAGCCUGCUGACAAGUGCGAUGGACCGCUAUCUGUACUGUCGUAUAUAUUCCCACACCGGCCUGACAAUGACGAGAGCUGUAACAGUUCCUCUGAGGACGAAUCCCGGUGGGUUGAAGAACUCUUGAAAAUGCACACUGCCCGAGUACGUGAUAUUGAGCAGCUGACCAGCUUGGACUUCUUCAGGAAGACCAGCCGAAGCUACACAGAAAUCCUUUCCUUAAAGACAUUCAUGCAUACGUUUGAAAGUGAAAUUUAACUAUCUCUUAAACUCUGCUGUUCCAUCCUCUCACGAAGUGGUGUAUAUUUUUAUAUUAUAUUUAUUAAUUUGAAACAGGACAUUAAAAUUAUUAGUGUGUUUUAAUCUUGCAUCAAAUCUUAAAUAUAUUAAAGUUGUGUCAGGUUAUUUUUUUGAUUCUUUAAUGUAGAGCAUAUGUGUUUGGGUUAUGUUUGUUUUUAAGCGAGGACUCCUAGUAACACCUGAGUCUCUUGGUUCAAAGCUUUUUUAAAAAGGUGCUGCAGAAUCAGUUACUUACUUUGAGGAAAUGUAAUUUUUCCAGCACUCCCUUGUCUCACUCUUUUUUUCCAUUUUUUUUUUAGUCCUGUGCUGUGUAUCAAACAUGUAAAAUGACAAUUACUAUUAACUAUGUGAUAGACGUAUUUAAGCUCCAUAGAGAAUAGAAACUUAAAUAUAAUAAAACCACACAUUCAGUUUUU